AUGGAAUUUAAAAAUUUUUCUAAUACUUCAUCACAAUCAACAGUAACUGAAACAGCACAUUUAUAUGCUAAUUCUAAAAGAGAACAUAAUCAAAGUUCAGAACAAAAUACUUUAACUUCUGGUACCACUAAUUCAAUUACCGCCCCCACAUCUGUUAGUAAUAAUAGUCGUGGUAUUGAAGAAGGAAAUAUUUUUUCACCCAUCAAACCAGCAUCAUUUUAUAAUCAACAUAUUAUGGGAUCAAAUCCAUAUUAUCAUUCUCUUCCAAUAACAAAAGUAGAUUCAUGUUAUGAAAAUCUACCUUUAUCAACUGCAUCAUCGCAAUUUCAUACACCUCUAUUUCUUCAGUCUUGGAGUUAUGCUAAUCCAACAACUAAUACUAGCCCAUCUGGUGGGACACCUUCUGGAGAUUUUGAGAGUAUUCAACAUCAAAGCUUUACCUCAACAAUAAAUGAACAACAACAGCAACAACAACAACAACAGCAUAAUCAACAAAAUCAUUUUUUUAAUCAAACUGGAUACCCAAAUUAUAAUAAUACUAAUACAUACCAAAAUUCUGAUUAUUAUUCUUCUCUUCAAAAUGCAAAUAUACUAGCUACACAAAAUCGUCUUAUGAAUAUAUCAAUUAAUUCAUCACCAAAUUCUUCUAAUGAAUCAACAUCUACAAAUGGAUCAUUAUGUGAUACAGCAAGUAAAGUAUCCUCAAAUUCUUCUUCAUCAGGAAAAAGUAAACCAAAAACAGAGAAUCGUGAAUGUGUUAAUUGUGGUGUUACAAAUACACCAUUAUGGAGAAGAGAUGGUACUGGACAUUAUUUAUGUAAUGCUUGUGGUUUAUAUCAUAAAAUGAAUGGACAUAAUCGUCCAUUAGUUAAACCAAAAAAACGACAGAAUACUCAAAAGAGGACAGGAAUUGUAUGUGUAAACUGUAACACUAAUAAUACAACAUUAUGGAGAAGGAAUGGAAACGGUGAACCAGUCUGUAAUGCUUGCGGCCUUUAUUAUAAACUUCAUCAGAUUCCUCGUCCAAUAACAAUGAAAAAAGAAGGUAUCCAAACACGAAAUAGAAAGAUAACACCAAAAAUGAGUGGAAAAUCAUCUUCUAAUAAUGAUAUAUCAUUAAAAAAAGAUUCAUCAGGAUUAUUUAAUAGUAAUGAUAUGAAUUUAGGAAUUGGUAUGGAUUCAACUGUUCGUGGUUUAACAUCAAUGACAAACAAUUUUGUUCAUGCUAAUGGAAUAGGUGGAAUAGAUCAACAUUCACUAACAACAUCAUCAAAUUUUUAUGAUAUGUUGAAACCUCAAAAUAAUCCAUCACCUGUUUCAAGUAAUCGACAUACUCCAUCAAAUAUUAGUAGUAUAAAUAGUGAAAAUCAUGGUUCAAGUCCAUUCUUAUUAUAUAAUAAUGCUGUUAAAACAUUCCAAAAUCAUUAUCAACCAGCGGCAAAUUAUAAUAUACCCCAAGCAUCUACAUAUGCGCCACAAUUAAUUUUUAAUGCUACGGCUUAA